CGUUGCCAAAGCAUUCAUACCAUUGGUGUGGUUCAGGCAGUGCAUUGGCGUGUAGGGCAAAGUCGAGUGCAUUCCACCAAUGGCCCCACGUAAAUUCUUGGACAACAUGACUGGCCAAAAUGGCAUCGUCCCGGUGGUGGUCGUGGACACGGCGGAGAAGAAGACGCAAUCUCCCAGCCUGCUUGACGCUGACGAGUUCCGGCGUCAGAGUCACCAGGUAGUUGACUUGAUCACCGAGUACUAUGACCGCAUGGGCGACUACCCCGUGCACCCCAGCGUUACCCCUGGUUUCCUCCGCAACUUGCUCCCCCCGGACGCACCCUUCCGUCCGGAGCCGGACGCGUUCAGCUCCGCGCUCAAGGACGUCCGCGACAUCAUCCUCCCGGGCCUGACGCACUGGCAGAGCGCCCGCCACAUGGCGCACUUCCCGGCGUCAAGCAGCACCAUCGGCGCCCUAGGGGAGGCGCUCACCGCGGGCAUCAACGUCGUCCCGUUCACAUGGGCCGCCUCACCGGCCGCCACCGAGCUUGAAAUGCUGGUCGUGGACUGGCUCGGAAAGGCGCUGCACCUGCCGGAGAGUCUCCUCUUCGCCGGUGGUGGCGGUGGAACUCUUCUUGGUACCUCUUGUGAGGCGAUACUCUGCACUCUUGUGGCCGCGAGGGACCGGAAGCUCGCCGAGAUCGGCGGGAACAGGAUCUGCGACCUCGUCGUCUACUGCUCCGACCAGACACACUUCGCCUUCCGCAAGGCCGCACGCAUUGCCGGCAUCCUGCGUGACCACUGCCGCGCCAUACCCACGUGCCACCACAACAUGUUCGCUCUCCCGCCCACGGAACUGCAAGCGGCCAUGCAGGCUGACGUGGAAGCCGGGCUGGUGCCACUUUUCUUGUGCGCGACGCUGGGGACGACCCAGACGACUGCCGUCGACCCCAUCGGCGAGCUGUGCGCUGUCAGUGCACCACACGGCGUGUGGGUGCACGUGGACGCCGCCUACGGCGGCUCCGCGCUAGUCUGCCCGGAGUUCACCCACGUGAUCGACGGCGUGGAGGCCGUCGACUCGUUCAGCAUGAACGCCCACAAGUGGCUCCUCGCCAAC